AUGGAUAAUCCAAAAACACUCAAGAACCUUUUAGAGCGUCUUACUGAUUUGCUGAUUAAUCAUCAGUAUGACAAUAACUUACUUGAUCAAGCCAGAAAGAUUGUUUUAAAAGUGAUUACAAAACACCUAGAGAUCAUUAAAGUUGAAAUUGCUGCGAUGUCAGUUUUUAUUAAUCCUUUAGCCAUUAGAAAUUGUAAAAUUUGUAUUUAAAAUUUUUUUAGUGCUGCUCUUUUUUAUAUUGUAAACAACGAAAGCCAGUCAUUAUUAUUAGAAGAUGUUAUCAAAAAACGCAUUGUUACUAGAAUAAUAAGUUUGAUAUUGUAUCACGAUUAUGAUGCAAGAAUUUUGACUUGGGCUUUUCUUACUUUGGAUCGAUUGAUGCUUAGAUGGGGAUUUGAAAAAAAUCAUCAGUAUGUGGUUAGUAUAAAUAUACAACACAUUUUGUUUGGUUAUAACUUCUUUUUUGUAUAUUUUAUUAAUAAUUAAAGAUAUUUUAUUUACAUUAUAUAUUAUAUUUAUAAGUACAUUGGAUAUAGAUUACAAACAUUUUAUUUCAAGGUCAUAAUAAAUACUAAAUUAAUAUUAAAUUUGAUGGUAAUUAAAUAAUAAAUUAUUUUAACUUAACUAUAUUUCUAAACAGUAACUUUUAACAUGACACUUAAAAUUGACAUGUAAUUUUUUAAACCUAGAAUUUUGAUUUAGUAUUUAAUAACAUUCCUAUUUUAAAAUGUUAACCUUUUUGGUUAAAAGGGUCACAUUUGGCUCAUGAAGUCAAUAUAUUAACAGAAUAUUAAUUUUCUAUUUUUCAUUAUUUUCAUUUUAUUCUUAAUUUGCUAGUUAAAAAUAAAAUGUCUUGAUGUCUAUGAUUAAAUAAUAACUAAUUUAAGUUUAUUUAAAUUUAUAUUAAAAGUUUUAUAAAUUUAAAAUAUAAAGUCACAGUUGAUAUGUUUAAAUUUCAAAAUAUUUAUUGAUAUUAGAAAUGAUAACAAAUUCAAAAUUUGUUUUAUGAUAUUAGCUGAUAUUAUAUUUUUUAAUUUUAAAGUUUGUAUAUUUUAAAUACCCAUGGCAUGUUACCUACAAGUUGAAAAACCUCUGUUUAGUAUGCAUUGGUAUUUGUUAACAAAAAAAAGACUAUAGUCUAGAAUAAAUAUGGCAUAGGAGAAUAGUAAAGGUUUAGUGACAGAAAUGAUAAUACAGAAGAGAAUUUAAUGUUCAUCUGUAAGCAAUGAUAAACUAUUGCUAACGAUAAAACCAUUUUGAGCAGAGUUCACUUUAUAGUGAUGUUUUGUCAGCAAUAUAUAUGUUAUGUUAUGGUAGAAUAAUUAAAUAGUCAUUAUAUAUUUUUUUAAAUAAUAUUUGUUUAAUAUUUUACUAUUUCUCUCGUUUUUCUAAAUUUUUCCUCCAGUUUUUUACAUUUGAUGAGAAAAUCAAAAAAUAACCUUCUUAAAGUACCACUCCAAAAAAAUUUACUUUCAGAAAAGAGUCUACAUUGUAUACAAUUGAGUAAACUGUCUGGAAGAAAAAAUAUUUAUAUAAAAAAACAUCUUUGUAAAACCAAUACAUUUAAAUUGAUAUUUUUUAAAUGAACUUCAAUAAUAAUUUGUUAAACAAAAUUUAAGAUGAACUAAUGUCAAAUAUAUAAAUUAUUAAAUUGACACAUAAUUAAAUAAUACAGAACUGAUUUUUUUUACAUGAGAAAUUUAAUAGAAUUUAUAUUUUUAGAUGUAUUUGUUUCAAUAUUUUCUUCGAAUAUCACUUUGUAUCAUAUCUGCUGAUAAUCAAGACUACACUUUGAAAAUUGCUUGUGUUUUAAUUAACUGGUGUGCACUUGGUGGGACCAGAAUCCAUAGAAUUUAUCUUGGAAAAUCUGGUACUAUAAAGGUAAAGAAAUCAAUAUAACAAUAAUAAAAAUUAAUAGUUAGAAAUAACCAAACUUAAACAUAACAAUUAACCUAUUUUUACUUGAUUAACCGGAAAAUUAAAGGAUAUUUAUUUUAUCAUUUUUGUUAUAAUUCUAAUUUCAUUGUUUAAAAAUAAAACUAAAAUUACAUUACAAACUAUCAUAUACAAUAUUAUAUGUAGGCUUUGUUUUGCUAAUAUAUUCCACAUUUAUCUAAUUUAUCUUUGUUUUUUUUUUUUAAUUCACUGAUCUAAUCUAAUCUAAUAUUGACUUUUCAUUUUGAGAAGGUAUNAAUUAAUAUAUAUAAUAUUAUGUUUGUAUAGAAAUUGAUUGUAAUAAUUAAAACUCGGAUUCGUCAAAAUACAUUUGAACAGGUUGAACUAGCCUUUGAAACAAUUAAUCAUUUAACAAAUGAUUUACCAAGAAAUUGUAAAAGAUUCCUUGAUCAAAAGGGAUUGCAAUAUAUGUUUGAAUGCCUAAGGGUAAAAAUAAUAAUAGCAGAUAAUCAUAUGAAUAAAAUAUAACUCAUGAUUUUGAUAACUUUUUAGACUUUUCCAAAUAAAAUUUUAAUGAAGCAAAAUAUAUAUUGUGUAUUGAGAAAUAUUGCUGAAAUUAAAGAACUUAGAGGAAAGCUAAUGAAAAAUCAUUUAAUUGAAGUUUUAUUUGACAAUUUGCGUUUAACAGGAGAUGAAAUUCAGGUAAUUAACAAUUAUUGCAUUUAAUAUUGUAUUACUUAUACAAAAUUUUUUUUAUCUACAGAUUCGUUAUUAUGCUGCUGAAAUCAUUGUUCAUUUGGCUUCAGAUGGCCAUAAAGCAUGGACUAUACAAUCUCCUACAAGAUGUGAAGUAUUAGAUCAUAUGACACGGGCUUUGCAGAGCUGGAAUCUAGAUGUCAUUCUAGACAUAAGAUAUCGGUCUGUAAAAACACUAUUGAAGAUAGCCCAAAUUAGUCAUACACCAGUAUGUGUCCAAUGGGCAGCAUGGACUUUAGCAAAUCUUACCAGAGUAUAUCGUUAGUAUAAUGUUAAAUAUUAUUUAGUUUCAUGUAUUUUUAAAUUAAAUGGUUCAUACAUAUAAUUUGCGGUUUUAAUUACCUAUAAUGUUAUUGGUUUUAGCUGAAAAGUAUUGUUCAACUGUAAUAACUGAAGAUGGUAUAAAUAUAAUGAGUCAAGUACUCAAAGAAAAUUAUCAGAUUAGUCAGCAGGAGGUAAUCCAUAACCUAGCUCAAACUGUCAUCAAUCAAUGUAUGAGUUUUGAGGAAAACAUCACAGAAUAA